AUGAGCUCAAGGGCACCCAGUUCCCACCGUAGGAAACGUCGAGCAGAAUCUCCUCCGUCAUCGGCCUCGAGGGACACAAAAACAACGACAAAAACAACGACAAAAACUUCAAGCACCUCGGCUUAUAGUCGGAACUUUCAGCAGAAUUUGAUAGAUCACGGUGUUUACCCUUAUGGUUACGGGUAUCCAGACGGUAGGAGACCAGAUAAACCAGGAAACUGGAAGGAAAUCAAUGAAAGACUUGCUCAACCACGAUCUUCCCUCUCUCCAUCAAGGUUCCCUGAGGAGGCAUUUGACGCCUUUGCGCUUGCAGACGCACACGCGUCUAAAGAAAAGCCAGUUAUAAGUUCAGUGAUACCAAUCAUUGAUGGUGAUAUUGGUGACCGUAAAUGUGUUGGGGGGGAUUACCUGUUUGGAAAUCUUGCACCUUUAACUGAUGGAACACUUGCACCAGCCAAGCCAGAUCACUUCUAUGGUGCACGUCCUGAACAGCUUAAUCGUCAAAUCCGCAAUGUACUUAAGCAUCAUAUUGUCCCAUCAACACAGGAUGAUCUCCCAGUGGCACCAAAUUUCUUUUUAGAAGCAAAGGGACCUGAUGGGUCUCUUGCUGUAGCAAUGCGACAGGCAUGCUAUGAUGGUGCACUGGGAGCCCGCAGCAUGCAAUCUCUACAAUCUUACCCCCAAGAUAUGCCAACAUAUGACAACAAUGCUUACACUCUUACAUCAAUCUACCAUGGCGGUACACUCAAGCUAUACACCACCCAUCCUGGCAAGUCCAAUGAUCCAGAUCACCAUUCUGAAUAUUUUAUGACUCAGCUUCGAUCAUAUUCCCUUACUGACACACCUGAGGCCUUUCGGCAAGGAGCUUCUGCUUAUCGAAAUGCUCGAGACUGGGCCAAGGAAAAGAGAGAUGAGUUCAUUAGAGCGGCAAAUUUAAGACUUUUCGAGGCAUGCUCAUCAGCCUCUCUCUCUCAACACCAGCUGGUUUCUGAUUUAACGCCUGUCUUGGAUGAUUCUGACGGCUCAACUGAACCUGGCGAAUAUCAAGAUGCUCAGUGGAGUUUCGCCGUCCCAGUUGAAGGCGGAGAAGAGGAUUCCGGAAAGUUUAGAAUGCCUAGAAGGCCGAGGAUCCGUGCGAGCGAGUCUCUUGUUACAACCGGUAACCCGGCCAGCGAUAUCACUAGUGAUAAAGCCCUUGGACUACAAAACUGA